GUUGUGCGUGCGCCGCCAGCAGCAGCAGCAGCAGCAGCAGCAGCAGCAGCAGCAGCAGCAGCAGCAGCAGCAGCAGCAGCAGCAGCAGCAGCAGAAGAUAAUAAUAAUAAUAAUAAUAAUAAUAAUAAUAAUAAUAAAAUCAGCAUCGCCUGCAAGAUGCCCAUGUUCGUGGUGAGCACCAACGUCAGCCGGGACGCCGUGCCCGAGAGCCUGCCGGGCGAGCUCACGCAGCAACUGGCCAAGGCCACCGGCAAGCCCGCCCAGUACAUUGCAAUCCAUAUCGUGGCUGACCAGUUGAUGUCCUUCGGGGGUUCCUCUGACCCUUGUGCCCUCUGUAGCCUGCACAGCAUUGGCAAGAUAAGUGGCCAGCAAAACAAGACUUACACGAAGCUGCUGUGUGACCUGCUUACUAAACACCUGCACAUACCUGCAGACAGGGUCUACAUCAACUACUAUGACAUGAAUGCUGCCAACGUGGGAUGGAACGGGUCCACCUUCGCCUAGCAGCCUGCUGCUGCUGCUGCUGCCGCCCCUCCCGGCCCGCAGCUCCGCUGUAACGCUGCCGCCUCAUGUGUGCGCCUGGGGCGAGCGCAAAUAAAAGCGUACUAACAGGGAAA